UAUAAAAUCAAUUUCUCUAGAUGAUAUCAAUGUAAAAUUCUUCUGUAUGCAUCCUAAUUCUCCGCCGCAGACUUGAAAUGAUCGCCCCGACGGCUAAGUGGUGAGCUCCGAGCGCAGGGGGAUAAGGAUCAAGCCAUUCCUACUCCUCCUCCUCCUCCUCCUCUCCUCUCUCGCAAACCUAACCCUAGACCCCAAAUCCCCAAUAUGCUCUGAUUCGUAUAAGGUCGGCUGCGGGGGCGAUCAAACGAUUGCAGGAUCGAUUGCCAUCGAUGAUCUGGCCGUCAAGAGAGAGGAGUGACUAAAGAUGCCCUCGUAUGCUGAUCUGGACCGUCAGAUCGAGCAGCUGAGGCAAUGCAAGUUUCUAACGGAAGCAGAGGUGAAGGCUCUCUGCGAGAAGGCGAGAGCGGUCCUCAUGGAGGAAUGGAACGUGCAGCCGGUGAAGUGCCCUGUAACCGUCUGCGGGGAUAUACACGGCCAGUUUUAUGAUUUGAUGGAACUGUUCAAGAUCGGCGGUGAAGCUCCGGAUACCAAUUAUCUCUUUAUGGGAGACUACGUGGACCGUGGUUAUUACUCAGUGGAGACUGUAACGCUACUGGUGGCCUUGAAAGUCCGCUAUAGAGAUAGAAUCACAAUUCUCAGAGGAAACCAUGAGAGCCGGCAAAUAACUCAAGUUUAUGGAUUCUAUGAUGAAUGCUUGCGAAAAUAUGGAAAUGCAAAUGUUUGGAAGUACUUCACAGAUCUGUUUGAUUAUCUUCCGCUUACAGCACUGAUUGAGAAUCAGAUUUUCUGCUUGCAUGGCGGAUUGUCUCCAUCCUUGGACACCUUAGACAAUAUCCGGGCCUUGGAUCGAAUACAAGAGGUCCCACACGAAGGACCUAUGUGUGAUCUUCUAUGGUCUGAUCCAGAUGAUCGAUGUGGCUGGGGAAUAUCUCCGAGGGGUGCUGGAUACACAUUUGGUCAGGACGUUUCGCAACAGUUCAAUCACAAGAACGGUUUGUCACUUAUAUCGAGAGCUCACCAGUUGGUCAUGGAAGGCUAUAAUUGGUCUCAGGAUCAGAAUGUUGUUACAGUAUUCAGCGCGCCAAAUUACUGCUACAGAUGCGGUAAUACGGCGGCCAUACUGGAAAUUGGGGAAGACAUGUCCCAAAACUUCUUACAAUUUGAUCCAGCUCCAAGGCAGGUUGAACCAGAUACCACCAGGAGGACCCCUGAUUAUUUUUUGUAAAAUUGAUUGCUUUCUAUAUAUAUAUAUAUAUAUAUAUUGGAAAUUUACAUAC